AUGGAAGUGGAAGAAGCCAAAAGAAAAACGAAAAAAUCAUCUCUUGAUUAUAGACGCCUAAACCGUUUCGAAGUGUUAUGCAUCGGAGGAUGUAAAAAAUUAAUUAAGCCAGUGAUUGAUGAAUCAGCGGACAUUAAAUAUUAUGUGACGAAGUGUGAACUGUUUAAUGUUAUGUACGAUGCGCAUAUAAAUUGUGGUCAUGGUGGUCGUAAUAGAAUGGAAAAAGCACUAUUAGCAAAGUACGCAAAUAUUUGCAGAAAAAUUAUAGUUAAAUUUAUUAAUCUUUGUGUGGUUUGUGAAAAAAAGAAAAAUCACCCUAAAAAAGGACUCGUCGUUAAACCAUUAUUAUUUAGAGAAAUAAAUCUCAGAGCACAAGUAGAUCUCAUUGACAUGCAGACUUGUAAAGAUGGGGACUACAAGUUCAUUCUCAAUUACCAGGAUCAUUUGUCAAAAUUUCUCAUUCUUCGUCCCUUAAAAACAAAAACUGCCGAGGAAGUUGCGCAUUGCUUGUUAGACAUAUUUUGCACUUUGGGAACACCGUCAGUUUUACAAUCUGAUAACGGUCGAGAAUUUGUCAAUCGUGUAAUCGAAGCGUUGAGAGAGAUGUGA